GCCGCCGCUCUCGCCGCCGCCGCCCCGCCGCGGCCCCGCUCCCGCCCGAGCCGCCGGAGAUGGAGCGGGCCCGGGGCUCCGCUGCCCGCCGCGGAGCGUUGCUGCUGCUGCUCGCCGCCUUCGGGGCCUGCCGCCUGCGCCUCGCCCGUGCCGCAGCAGCGUGUCCCCGGAGCCUGGACUGUGCCCUGCAGCGCCGAGAGUUCUGCCCCCCGGGCUCGGGGGCCUGCGGGCCCUGCCUGCCCCCGUUCCAGGAGGACAGCCGCGGGCGCUGCCUGCCGAAGCAGCUCUCAGCCGGCGGACGGAUCUCUGUUCCCAGCUGGGAGGACGAAAUUGACUUUCUGGCCAGGCAAGAGGCUCCUCGCCCCCAGGCCCCGCGGGAUGGCAAGCCCAGGACCAGCCCGGUCCCUGCUGGCGGCAGGCAGCGUGUGGUCAGCGGGCUGAGGGAGGGGCUCCUGCAGCGGGGUCGUGCCAGCAGCGAGGCGGCUGCCACCCUGCCCACCUCCACCGCCGCUGCAGUCCAGAAGUACCCUGUGGAGGCCUCCCCCAUCCCUUCAAAUGACAGCGUGGUGCUUGGGCUGAUCGUGGUGUGCACUGUGGCUGGCAUCUCGGCGCUGAUCGUGGCUGCAGUCUGCUGGUGCAGGCUGCAGAAGGAGGUCAGGCUGGCACAGAAAGCUGACUACUCAGCACAGCAAGCGGCCAGCCCCCUGCCCUACGACAAGAUCUCGCCUGGGGACAAGACUCUGGCUCAGAGUGCCCAGAUGUACCACUACCAACACCAGAAGCAGCAGAUGCUCUCCAUGGAGAAGCACAAAGAGGAGCCCAAGCUGCCGGACUCGGCGUCAUCUGACGAGGAGAACGAGGAUGGAGACUUCACUGUGUAUGAGUGCCCCGGGCUGGCUCCGACCGGAGAGAUGGAAGUGCGGAACCCCCUGUUUGAUGACAACUCCUUACACCCCUCGGACCCCAAGGCGCACCAGUAACUCCCUCUGCUCCGCCCGAGCUUGCUACGGACUCUGUGCCCGAGGCUGAUGCCCGGCAGGGCAGCCGCGCCCGAGGGGCACCCGCAGCUGGGCAAAGGGGCGCAGACCCCCACUCUGCCAGGCUGUUUGAUGCCUGCCCAAUAAACACCCAGUAACAGCUUUGGGAGGGGGGGAUCGCCCCCGAUUCCAGCGUCCUUGUCCUCUUUGCUGCUGUGAUCGCGUCCCUGCCUUGCCCUUCUGCCCUCACUGCCCUCGGGGACGUGCCAGGGUGGCAGCCACUGCACUGGCAGAGAAACUGGCAGCCGGGGGGAAGAGGCUGCAGCUCUGGCUCUCUGCAUUUGGCUUUGAGGAGAGGGCAUCGCUAAUGGCUCCCGGGCCUGGUUUGCCCUCUCCUCCCCAGUUCAGGCAGCCCCUGGCAGCAGGGUCCCGCUCCAGGAGCCAGGACCAGGAACAGACUGGGCUAGCUGAUGGCAUUGCUCCCCAGGAUGCCCCUUCAGGUGCCAUCCUGGGUCCUACCCAGCCAGGAGCAGAGGCUGUGCCAUGGCACCUUGCACUGUCUGCAUCCCGUUUUAGGGCUGCUGGUCCUCAGGCCCCGCAGUGCAGACAGUCCUGGUACCAGCCUGGGACCCUGUGCUGGGUGGUGCUGGCAGAGGCAGAUUUCCUUGCAGCAGCCUUGGAUGCCAGCUGGGCUCACCCCGGACCUCUGUGGGUUCAGGGUGUUGUUAUUAAGCCUGUGUCUGUGACAGAGGCAGGAAGGGCUGUGGUGGGGUGGGAGGGGCAGCCAAGGCUCAGCGACUGCUGCACGGUUCCUGUUGCACGGGGCCUGCUCCCCUCGCAGCAUUCCCGCGGGGCCAAGCCUGCUGCUCUCCACACAUCCCUCCUUUGCAGGCUACAAUCUCCACCACUCCCAGCCAGGCACCUCCCAGGCUCCAGAGACCCCCUGCACCCUUCC